UUUCCGCUUGCCUCACACAUUAAGUUUGAAUAGCCCGAUGGUGAGGGUCACAGCCAGGUGAUAAACGACAAGCUUAAAGAUGUGGCGGGCUUAUGCGCUUCUCUGCGUAUUUAGCUGUCUUGGUGUUUCCAGUGCGUUGGAGUGCUAUGUCUGUGAAAAACAAGACACCAACAUGGAUAAAUGCGUGAAAACCGUGAAACAGUGUGAGCCAGAACACGACACUUGUUCAUCCCGGAUACAGUGGAACGUCCCUCCGUACUGGACCCCCCAUGGAGAGCGACAACACUUUAUCUCCAAAUCCUGCGACACCAGAGAGAUCUGUGCACAGCAAAGAACUGCAUUGGAAAGAAGUUGUAAACGAGACUGGUAUAACGACUGGGAGUGUGUCGAGUGUUGCCAAGGAGACAGAUGUAACUUCUUCGUUACGCUGGCGGCGGGAUCUGUACAGGCAAGCCUCGUGUCAGUGAUAGCGGGACUAGCAGUAUCGUUUUGUUUAUGGCUGAGACACUGAACGGAUUUAAAAUGAACUAAUUUGUAAAUAUGACUUGUGUAAAUGCUGUAUCUGGAUUGCAAUUCCAGUCAAUGUACAAAUAUUUCAACAGUACUUUUUGAAUAUUUUUAGACAUUAAUAUCUUUUAAAACGAGUGCAGUAACAGCGUGGGCAGACGGGGGACCAAAAGAACAAGUUAACCCGGAGAGACAAGUGUUGAACAUUAACUGGUUCAUUUUAAAAAAGAAGUUGCCUCAUGAAAUGAUUGUAAUAAUUCAAGGAAGUUAGUAGUUGUAAAUACCGGAGGGCAUCUAUACUAUAAUAGGACUAUGAGGAUGAAUAGUUUAGUUUUAUACAUAUUUUUAUACAUGAUCUAAAAUAAAAUGACAAACAUGCAAGUUUAUAGAUUUUCAUUAACAUUCUGCAAAAGAAUAGUUUUACAUCUUGCAUAUGAUAAACAAAGUCGAAUUUUAUUCGUUAAUUAUGCAAUAAGACCAAGUUGCUUUGAAUACAACACAAAGAAAUAAAAUGUUUUAAAGAGGA